AUGCCCUCUGUGCAGAAGCCCAUGCGGUACGGCCACACCGAGGGCCACACGGAUGUCUGCUUCGAUGACACCGGGAGCUGCAUCGUCACUUGUGGUGGUGAUGGAGAUGUGAGGAUUUGGGCAAACCUGGAUGAUGAUGAUCCCAAAUCCAUCAAUGUGGGAGAAAAGGCCUACUCAUGUGCUCUGAAGAAUGGAAAGCUGAUCACAGCAGUGUCAAACAAUACUGUCCAGAUCCAUACAUUCCCUGAAGGAGUUCCAGAUGGCAUCCUUACUCGUUUUACCACAAAUGCAAACCAUGUCAUCUUCAACAGUGAUGGCUCCAAAGUUGCUGCUGGAUCAAGUGACUUCAUGGUCAAGGUUGUGGAGGUGACUGACAGCAGCAAGCAGAAAACCUUCCGAGGACAUGAUGCUCCUGUUCUAAGCCUUUCUUUUGAUCCCAAGGAUGUUUACCUGGCAUCAGCGAGCUGUGAUGGUUCUGUCAGAGUCUGGAAAAUUGCAGAUCAGACAUGCACAACAAGCUGGCCACUGCUGCAGAAAUGUAAUGAUGUUAUAAAUGCCAAAUCAAUAUGCAGGCUUGGCUGGCAACCUGGCAGUGGGGAGUUGCUGGCAAUUCCUGUAGAUAAAAUUGUUAAACUAUACAAAAGAGAAACCUGGGAGAGUCAAUUUGAUCUAUCAGACACAUUCAUCACACUGCCUUUGAAUGUUGUGACCUGGUCUCCCUGUGGGCACUACCUGGCAGCUGGAAGUGUGGAUGGGAGUAUAGUGGUGUGGAAUGUGGAAACCCAGGAGUGCAUUGAGAGAAUGAAACAUGAGAAAAAUUACACUAUUUGUGGACUGGCAUGGCACCCCAAAUAUAAGCACAUUGCUUAUACAGAUACUGAAGGAAAUCUGGGCUUGUUGGAAAAUAUUGGUGAUGGAAGGAAAGCAGAUGACAAGGUUGCCAGUGAGGUGACAAAAGACUACGAUGGUCUCUUUGAUGGAGAUGAUGAUGAUGAUGAUUAUUUGAAUGGAGAUAUGAUUGAACCACAGUCCUCCCCAAAAGCUGGAGCUAAUGAAGAUGAUGAUGAUGACCUCAUGCCAACUUCAGGCCCUCUGAGACGGGCAGUAAUUGAUGAUGAUGAUAACUCAUUAGACAUUGGGGUGAUAAAAGCUAGUUCCAGCCUUCUUGAAAAGGAAGAUGAUGAUGACGAUGAUGAUCAGACUGGUGGCUUUCCAGCUUUACCCCCAUCCUCAACACAACAGCCUUUUUAUGAUGGGCCAAUGCCAACCCCCAAGCAAAGGCCCUUCCAGUCUGGCUCCACUCCUGCACACCUCAUGCAUCGUUUCAUGGUGUGGAAUUCUGUUGGUAUCAUUCGCUGCUACAAUGAUGAACAAGACAAUGCUAUAGAUAUUGAAUUUCAUGAUACCUCCAUACAUCAUGCAACACACCUCCCAAACUCUCUGAAUCACACCAUGGCUGAUCUCUCUGCUGAAGCUGUUCUCCUGGCCUGUGAGAGUACACAGGAACUGGCAAGCAAGCUCCACUGCAUUCAUUUUAGCUCCUGGGAUACAAACAAGGAGUGGACAGUGGACAUGCCAAAGGAUGAAGACAUUGAGGCCAUCUGCCUGGGUCAGGGCUGGGCUGCUUGUGCCACCAGUGCCUUGCUGGUUCGUGUGUUUACAGUGGGAGGAGUUCAGAGAGAAAUCUUCAGCUUCCCUGGGCCAGUGGUGUCCAUGGCAGGACAUGGAGAGCAAUUAAUGAUUAUUUAUCACAGAGGUACUGGGUUUGAUGGGGACCAGUGCCUUGGAGUACAACUGAUGGAGCUAGGAAAAAAGAAAAAACAGAUUUUGCAUGGAGACCCUCUUUCUCUUACAAAGAAAUCCUAUUUGGUGUGGGUUGGAUUCUCUGCAGAAGGUACCCCUUGUUACGUGGAUUCUGAGGGAAUUGUGCGGAUGCUGAACCGAGGAGUUGGGAAUACUUGGAUUCCAGUCUGCAACACAAGGGAGCACUGCAAAGGAAAAUCUGAUCAUUAUUGGGUAGUUGGUGUCCAUGAAAAUCCCCAGCAGCUCAGGUGUAUUCCCUGUAAAGGAGCCCGAUUCCCUCCCACACUCCCAAGGCCUGCUGUAGCAAUAUUACCUUUUAAACUUCCUUACUGCCAAGUUACAACAGAAAAGGGACAGAUGGAGGAGCAGUACUGGAGGUCUGUUGUGCUUCACAACCACGUGGAUUACUUAUCAAAAAAUGGCUAUGAGCUUGAUGAAAAUGUUAAAAGCCAGUCAGUGAAAGAACAGCAAGAACUUUUGAUGAAGCUGUUUGCUCUUUCUUGUAAACUGGAGCGUGAAUAUCGUUGUGUGGAACUUGCUGACCUCAUGACCCAAAACGUUGUGAAUUUAGCUAUCAAGUAUGCCUCUCGCUCCAGGAGACUAAAUUUAGCUCAGAGACUCAGUGAAAUGGCUGUAGAAAAAGCAAGUGAGUUGGCAACAGCUCCGGAAGAUGAAGAGGAGGAAGAGGAUUUCCGAAAGCACUUGAAUGCUGGUUACAGCCACCCUGCCACGGUGUGGAGUCGGCUGCCAGUGAGAAAUGUUCAGCAGAACCAAGAAGUGGAAGAUGCUGAGGAAGCUGAUGCCUGUGAGGAAGCAGAGGAAACACCAGAAGUGCACAAACAGAGGCCAAAUCCUUUCUCCAAAAGUGUCACUUCAGCAGAGGUGACUACUCCAAAGUCUGCUGUAAUUGCAUCAAGCAGCCAAGGGAGAGUUAAUCCCUUUAAGGUGACAUCUAACAAAAAGGACCCAGUGGUCCCCUCAGCUAAUGUUCUAGACACCAUGACCAAAUACUCAAAGAAAACUUUGUCUGGCAGUCGAGCUGUAAACAAGCAGAGCACUCCAGUUAUAAAGCCUCUAAUUCCCAAACCCAAGUCCAAGCAGGCUUCAGCAGCCUCCUUCUUCCAGGUUCGUACACCUAACUCAAGUGAAAAAACAGUGGAAGAAAGAGAGGAAAAAGCAGGAAAUGAGCCCCAUGAAGUCCAGAUUGCUCCACAGGAGAACACUGAAAACAGAAGACCAAAGACAGGAUUCCAGAUGUGGCUAGAAGAGCACAGAGCAAACAUUUUGACAGAUAAUCCUGGCCUGAAUGAAGCAGAAGUAAUAAAAGAAGGCAUGAGUAGAUUUAGGCUGCUGUCGUCAGAAGAAAGAAUGGUGUGGACUGAGAAAGCCAAAGGAGGCACAGGAGGAGCAGUUAAUGGUUUAGCUGAAGACAAAAAGCGAAAGCGUCCUGCAGCUGAUGAGGAGGAAGUGAAAAAGAACCAGGAGGAAAAAUUGGAGGCCUCAAAUCUAUCCAAAAAACCCAAACCUUCUGAUCAAUCUGCAAAUGCCAGGCUGUCAGCUUUUGCAUUCAAGCCAAGCUAAGCAGUGUGGCACCUCCUCAGCAUCUGUCCUCUGAAAGUGUUGGGUAGCUCUGUACUGAGAAAUCUGCUCAGAGAGCUCUAGCAAAAAGAGUUCCUUGCUCCAAGUAGUGUUUUAGGAAAUAUUUUAUGAUGAGCUCUUGAGGAUAGUGUUUCCCCAUCUUUUGCAAGCUCCCAGUUUAAAGCUUGACUACAAAACUUACAACUAACAGACCCAUCACCUAGAAGCACAGUUCCACACAGUGUUGUGGAGCUGUGUGCCUCAAUUCUUGUAAUACUUGGUGCUAAGUACAGAUCAGUCAUUCUGGGGAAUGCCCAAAAGCUGUCUUAGGGUUUUAGAGAGGCAAAGGAAUGGCUUUUGGACCAUUCUUGUACCAUUUUGUACCAUUCUUUGUGGCU